UAUAAAUUGCCUCUCACUACAUAUGCCUUGCCUGUCCUCUGAACUUUGAGACAGCCACAAGCAUCACUCAAAGAAAUGCAACAGACUGGAAAUUAAACAAAGCAACUCUUCAGUACAACAGCUAGUAAACGUCUGGUUCUACAGUCCUCUUACCAUGGAUGAUUGCCAUCUAUUCUGUGCAUCGUGCCGAAAAACUGUGGAAAGGCAAACAAUGAUGCGCUCACUGAUACUCUUCAGUCUGUCAUUGUGCACGUUCGCAUCCCCCGUAGCAACGACGGAGACCCUUUGCGGUGCAGAACUAGUGGAUACUCUUCAGUUCGUGUGCGGAGCAGAUGGGUUUUAUAUCAGUAAACCGAACAGAUUUAACAGCCGCCGUCCUCAGACUGGAAUAGUGGAAGAGUGCUGCUUUCGGAGUUGCGAGCUGCGUCUCCUGCAGCAGUACUGUGCCAAACCUGUGAAGUCCGAGCGAGAUGUUUCCUCCAGCUCGCUGCAGGCCUUCCCAGCAUCGCAGGCUCUUCACAAGGACAUCUCAGAAGGGCAGCUUGGUGUGAAGUAUUCCAAAUAUGAAGUAUGGCAAAGAAAGGCUGCCCAGAGGUUAAGAAGAGGGGUCCCAUCCAUCCUGCUCGCCAGAAAGUUUAGGAGGCAAAUGGAAAAAAUCCAAGAUGAGGAGCAAGCCCGUUUCCACCGGCCCCUCAUGACCCUCCCCGACAGACACCCUGCAAUCCGUCCACAAAUCCAGAUCAACACGUCCCACAAAUGAUGGCCAGCUUUCUCAAAUGGAAACAAACAAGGGAUUAUAGCCAAAUCUUGGUCAGUAGAGGCACUUUUUUCAUGAAUCAUACCACUCGCCCACAGCCUUUCUCAAAUCCAGAUUAUGAACACUCUGUGUGUUAUCAGCCUUCGAAAUACUAGACGUUAACAUUGAAGAUGAAUGUAAUGGGACAAGAGAGAUGAAUGCAGUCUUGAUGAAUAUCACGGGGAUGCACAGAACUGAUGCCGAGGAAGCUGCCAGAAUGCAAAUGUCAAAAGUCUGCCGUCUGCAAGAGCAUUUAUGGUUCUGUCUUGCUUGCAUCCUAUCUUAAAGGUCAUAUUUUAAGGAAUGAGUUUAUUGAGAUUAGAUUUCUUUACCUGCACCUUUAAAAUACCACACCUGUGGCAUAAAGACAGAAGAAAAGUAGGGAAAAUGUUGGCUGGCUGUGCAAAGCCAAGGACUGAUGUUAACAGCACUAUUUUUUAUGAACAUUGUAGUGCUAACUUGGACUCUAAAGGAGUUUGCGAAAGAGUUUUUCCGUUUUAGGAAAAAAGCAAAAAACAAGAUUGUAUUCAAAAGACAAUUCAGUAAGACUGGUUGUUUGGAGAUAAGCUCAACCAGGAAAAACUGUUUCUAUGCUUGGCUGUUCAAGAUCCAUAAUCUGUGCCCUGGAGAAUGAAGGUGAAGUCUUUUUCUAUCAAACAAUAUAUCGUUGCAAUGGAAGGCAGAAAACAUUGCAAAAAUAUCAGUCUGAUAUCAUAUCUGAGGACAUCUGCAAUCAAGUCAUCUUGGACUUUGGGUGUCACAUAUUGUAUCCAUAGCAUUACUGUUUCCAGUCUGAGUUUCUGCCUUUUUAUAUUUGCAAACCUGUUAUUUAGACAGUAUUUUACACAUAUACACAAAAGAAUCAAACAAUCUUUUUAAAAGGGAAAGUAAGCAAUAAUCUCUUGCAUAUUUUCAACAUACAAUCAUAGUAUUCCAUUGCUUUUGUUUUAAAAAAAUACUUGAAUAUGUAUGAAUAGUCUCAUAAGAUGUUGUCAGUGACCAUAGUAUAACCAGUGUUGCAAAUUGAGCCACCAAACAUUUCAUGUAAUAAAUGUAAUGGCACUGUAUCAAGGCAUUAUUUAUUUUGAUGAAACCCAUAAAAUUCAGUCCCAAUGAAAGAUUACAUGCACAACUGACAUUUUUUUAUUUUUUUGUAUAUUAUCUAUUUUAGUUUUUCUGCUUAUGUAUGUAGAUGCUGUGUACCAAAAAAAAAAAAAAGGUUGUCUCCUUUUUUAAGUAAAGUCAACGGAAGCUUC